ACAGGGCCCCAGGUCUAUAAAAACCCCGGGAGCACAGACCUUUACACGGGCUGCCUCUGUGUGUGCUGGGAGGCUGGCCUGGAAUCCCCCAGCCUCCCCUGUCAGACGACACCCCCUCCCUCCUCACUCUGGCUCCUACACCCUCCUGAAGUCUUGACCUUGGCCAGCCUGGACGAUGCCUCCCAACCUCACCGGCUACUACCGCUUUGUCUCGCAGAAGAACCUGGAGGACUACCUGCAAGCCCUGAACAUCAACUUGGCUGUGCGCAAGAUCGCACUGCUGCUCAAGCCGGACAAGGAGAUCGACCAUCGGGGCAACCACAUGACCGUGAAGACCCUCAGCACGUUCCGAAACUACGUGCUGGAAUUCGAGGUGGGGGUGGAGUUUGAGGAGGACCUAGGCAUCGUGGAUGGACGAAAGUGCCAGACCAUAGUCACCUGGGAAGAGGAGCAGCUGGUGUGUGUGCAGAAAGGGGAGGUCCCCAACCGGGGCUGGAGACACUGGCUGGAGGGAGAGACGUUGUAUCUGGAAAUGACUGCAAGGGAUGCCGUGUGCGAGCAGGUCUUCAGGAAGGUCAAAUAGCCGGGGCAGAGCUGAGGGCCCUCCCAGCCAUGCCAGUCCCCAGACUCCUCCUGCUCGUGUCCCCUUCAAACCCAGAUGGUCCCAGGUCAGCAGUCCCCUUCCCAAGCGACUUACCCUCCCUCUGCCUCCCCCACCCACGUUAAUCUAUAACUUGCAGCCCCCAAGCCAAAGUCCUUUCUCACACUCCACUGCCCAACAGUGACCUCAUACCCAGUUCAAAGUCUGGUCUCCUGAAUGAGAGCAUCGGGCAAAAGGGGAAAAGGCCUUUGGGAAUUAUGGAUUCCACCUCUUUUAAUUCA